AGGGAGGUUACUCUAACCAGUGUUUAUAUUUUUUUCUCGCGGGAGUAUUUCGAAGCAAUGUCUGCUUUGAAAAUAGGGACGUGUCCAACACUUACAGAAUCAAUCCAUAGUCGACUUAGAGAAGCUGGUAUAAAGACCGUCACUGAUCUGAUUGUAGCGGACGUGGAGAUGUUAUCACAGAAGAGCGAAAUACCGUAUAAGGAGCUACUAGCAUUGCGUAGAGUAUUGUUGGCCCAAACUUCAUCUUUUCCUGUCAGUGGUGCAGAUAUGUACGAAACAGCGAUGGUAUCCACUUCCAUUCUUACUACAGGCUGUACCAGAGUUGAUGACUUGCUAGAUGGAGGACUAUACACAGGUGAGGUGACAGAGAUAGCUGGGGAAAUUGCAGCAGGUAAAACACAGUUCUGUAUGACCUGUGCCAGUUCAGUGAUGUGCGGAGCUCGACAGAAUGUUUUCUUCAUUGACACGUGUGGUGCUCUGUCUGUAGAACGUGUGCUGCAGAUAGCAGAACAUUCAGGACAGGAAAUAGAAGAAUCCACAUUCCAGAGAAUGAGAUGUCAUCAAGCAUUUGACAUCUUCUCUUUGCUAUCAGAACUGGAAAACCUCAGAUGUCUAAUUUUACAACAGACCGAUGGUUUCUAUAGUAACUUGAAGCUGCUCAUAGUAGACAAUGUGGCGUCAGUCAUCUAUCCCGUGUUGGGUGGUCAGCAGAUGGAUGGACACGGACUAAUGGUGACUUUGUCCAGAAAGCUGAAACAGCUAGCAGUGGAAUGUUCUAUAGCUGUCCUGAUCACCAACAAUCUGGUGGGCGGGGACUGGGAUAGGAGCAGGUCAGCGGCUCUCGGGAAAACCUGGUCACAUGUCCCACACACACGGAUUGUCAUCUCCACUAGCAAUGGACAGCGACAAAUCUCAUUGGUUAAAAGUUCAAAAACGCAAACUAACAUGAGUGUAAGCUGUGUGAUAACAGAAGCCGGGGUACGUGACAGUACUGAUCAUGGCUGACCAGGACAAGCAGCAGCCAUCGCCAUGUCAAAGGUUGUGUGUAGAUCACAUGCCGUUGCCACACUUGAUCUCACCUAGAGGAUGUUAUCCAGCGACAGAAGCCAGGAGUGAGGACUACAUGUACAAGGACAUCCCUCCCUUCACUAGGAGCCCUCCAUACUGUGUGCAUCUGUUCUGUACAGGAACUGUUGCCUAUUGUUUAUGAUGUUGAUAUUAAUAUUCAGCAGCCAUUAAUAUACUAUUUGACAAAAUAAUAGCGUAAAACAGUUUAUUCUUUGCCAUGAGUAAAUUGAAUAUUCAAGUAAAAAGCAAGGUUAUAGCAUUUUGCAAAGUCAAAAAUAAACGAGAAAAACAAAGCUUUGUUUCCUUCCAAAAUAUGGAAACAUGAUGACAGAUGAGUAUGGAUACCUGCACAUGUAUGAUUCUGUUCACAGACAAAUAUUUCCAUUUUACUUGCAAAAUAAAAGACAAAACUUGUUGCUCUUGACCUGUUUUUAUUAUUCCUUUAAAAUAGUAGUGCAUUUAAACCAUCAUCCAUAGUUUCUGACCUGGUUGUAAUAAAUCUUUCCUGAUUGAUUAUCUUAGAUAAAUAAAAACUUCAUCCGGUUCCACUUGUUACAUAUGUGUAUGUUAAAACCCGUAUUGUCCCUCUAUACUGUAUAAAAUAAAACACUUGUGGAAACUUGUUUGGUAGUUUUACAACCUAUUCAACUACAUACAUAUGUAAUACAAACUUUCACUGUCUCCUAGUGGUACAUUAGAACUUGAGCCAGCCAUUCACUGUACUUAGAAUUCUGACUCCACUGCAUAUAUUUGCUGACCUUUAAAGUUUUUUUGAGGGAGCAACUGUGGCAAAAUCUUUCAAUGUCUAAAAAAAUCUUUAUACCUUUUUUGACAAAAUGAUAGUAUAAACUAUUCUAAUUUAAGCUGUGCAAGUUCUAUGCUAUCUAUUUACUGAAUUUGUAGAAAUUCUACUGCUUUCAGAAGUCAAAAUUUGAAAGUGAACAAUCAAGAGUUGCCAUCCUAAUUCUGAAGAGUUGGUAAGUGUGCCACUUCAAUUACCCCAAUCAUACACAGUGAAAGUUUGUGUUUAAUACAACUCAACGGAACAUUCAUCCCUUUCUGAUAAUUUUUCAAUUAAAAUACAAAUAUAUAUAUAUAUAUAAUUUCUUAUAAAAAUAUAUACUACAGAGUAACAUUUAAAAUCGAAGACACACCCUGUAACAUACUACAUUAUACAAAACAUGUAUAUGUUAUUAAACAUAACUAUAAAACCUGCUUAACCCGAUCCUGUUAGCCAAGUGUUCAUGUUUUUAUUUCUUCAAGGUAGGAGAGGUUUGACACUCAUCUGAUUACUAAAUAAUUGGGUUUCUAAAGUAUGUAACAAAUGUUACUGCAAAACAUUAAUAUCACUAUAAAUACAUCACAGCUGAUAAAUGUCUUGGCUCCUUGUUUGUAUGAUACCAACAUCAAACUCUGGUUACAUCAGUAAACAGCUGACUAGUGUCUUGACUCGUUUAUACCAAUACCAAAAUCCGGUUACAUCAAUUAAGUGAUGACAAAUGUCUUGGUUUCUAUUUUUCUUUAACAUUGAUUGCACUUGUACACACAUGAUAAUGUGUAUUUGACUAUUUCUUAUUCAUUAAUCACAGAUAUGCACAAUUCUGAUUACACCUUCAAAUACGUUUUAAUCAUUAUAGAGUUAGGCCUUGGUUAUAUAAUUCAGUCACCUAUGCUUUCAAUAGAUAUUCCUUUUACCUUCAUUUUCAGUAAAUAAUCCAGCUACUACAGUUCUAAGAUAAUCCAGCCACCUUAGUUCUCAAUAGAUAAUUCAGCCACCUUCAUUCUCAGUAGAUAAUCCAGUCACCUUCAUUCUAAGAAGAUAAUCCAGCCACCUCCAUUCUCAAUAUAUAAUUCAGCCACCUCCAUACUCAAUAUAUAAUCCAGCCACAUCCAUUCUAAAUAUAUAAUUCAGCCAUCUCAAUACUCAAUAAUAAUUCAGCCAUCUCAAUACUCAAUAAUAAUUCAGCCAUCUCAAUACUCGAUACAUAAUUCAGCCAUCUCAAUACUCAAUACAUAAUUCAGCCAUCUCAAUUCUUACUACAUAAUCCAGUCACCUUAAUACUCGAUACAUAAUCCAGCCACCUUAAUACUCGAUACAUCAUCUGAUGGCUGGAUAGUGGGACAACCAGAUAAGUG